AGCUUAUUUUCUUUUUGAUUUUUUUUUUUUAAACUUUGAGAUACACAGAUUUUGCAGAAAAUAGUUUCUCGAGUCCAAGAUUCAUCCUGUCCUGUGAGAUCUCUUAGUACCAAGGAGUUCCGACAUUUUGCUAAUAAGAUUGGAAAUCUUGAGCGUCCAUUUCUCAAGGAAUUUUUUCAUCGGUGGGUCGGGUCUUUUGGGUGUCCAGUUCUAAGGAUGGGGUUCUCAUACAACAAACGGAAGAAUAUUGUUGAAAUGGCAGUAUUAAGGGGAUGCACUGCUACACCUGAUUCAAGUACAUUGAUUCUUAGUGCUAAUCCUGAUUCUGAAAAUCGAGAUGGUGAUGUUGGAUGGCCUGGGAUUAUGAGUAUUAGGUUUUUUGAGAUAGAUGGGAUGUCUGAUCAUCCAAAGCUGCCGAUGUCUGGAGAUACAUGGCAACUACUGGAAAUACAAUGUCAUUCUAAACUUGUUGCUAGGCGCUACCAGAAACCAAAAAAAGGUGCUAAACCUGAUGGGUCUGAUGAUAAUGGCGAGGUUGACACGCGUUCCAGCAUGGACUCCCCCUUGUCAUGGAUUAGGGCGGACCCAGAAAUGGAAUAUCUUGCUGAAAUUCAUCUUCAUCAACCUGUACAGAUGUGGAUAAAUCAAUUAGAGAGGGAUGAAGAUGUUGUUGCUCAGGCACAAGCUAUCAUGGCACUGGAGUCUUUACCACAGCUUUCGUUUUCUACUGUCAAUGCACUGAAUAAUUUCCUCAGUGAUUCCAAGGCCUUUUGGAGAGUCCGAAUAGAUGCAGCAUUUGCAUUGGCAAAAACAGCAUCAGAGGAAACUGAUUGGGCUGGAUUACUCCAUUUGGUAAAAUUUUAUAAAGGUCGAAGAUUUGAUACAAACAUUGGACUCCCCAAGCCAAAUGACUUCCGUGAUUUUCCAGAGUACUUUGUACUUGAGGCGAUUCCACAUGCUGUUGCAAUGGUAAGAGCUGCUGACAAGAAAAGCCCAAGGGAAGCUGUUGAAUUUGUGUUACAACUUUUGAAGUAUAAUGAUAACACUGGAAAUCCUUACUCUGAUGUAUUCUGGCUUGCUGCAUUUGUCGAUUCAGUUGGUAAUCUUGAAUUUGGUCAGCAGAAUAUUUUCUUCUUGUCGUCUCUUCUCAAGCGCAUUGAUCGACUUUUGCAAUUUGACAGGCUGAUGCCUAGCUACAAUGGGAUCUUGACAAUCAGCUGCAUUCGAACCUUGACGCAAAUUGCACAUAAGCUUUCUGCCCUGAUCAAUCUUGAUCAUGUCUUUGAGCUUAUUAAACCUUUUCGGGAUUCGAAGGCAUUAUGGCUUGUUCGAGUAGAAGCAAACAGAGCACUUCUUGAUAUAGAAUUUUAUUGCAAAGGCCUUAAUUCAGCAUUGUUAUUGUUUAUAAAGUUUAUAAUGGAAGAGCCAACUCUGAGAGGGCAGAUUAAAAUGGGUGUGCAUGCUAUGCGGUUGUGUCAGACAAGUGUUGGAUCUGGUUCUAAUGAUGAGGUUGAUAGUGUUACUCUUGUGGCUCUACUUCAUUUGCUUGAGAGCCGUAUAGCAUUCAACAAUGUGUUUCUUCGCCAUUACUUAUUCUGUAUUUUACGGAUACUUGGAGGAAGAUCGCCAACACUUCUUGGAGUACCUAGGGAUAAAUCAUUGCGUAUGGGUGAUAUGGAGACCUGCAGUAAGCAGAAGAACAUUUUUGCAGCUCUCAUUGCAGAAACAAAGCCUCCAGAACCUUCUGCUCCUCUUUCCGUAGAAGGCCAGCCGGCAGAACCUUCCAUGCCUCUUGUUAUUGAAGACCAGCCUGCAGCUGUUCUUGAUUCUGGAAUAAGGCCUCCAGAACCUUCUUCUGCUAUUGGUCCUGAGAUAAAGAUGUCAGACCCCAUUAGUGAUAUUCAUACGGAGAAACAGCUUCCAGAACGUCCUGCAGACAUCCUAAACCAGAAGCAUGAUAAUUCAGUCACUCGAGAAGCUUCCAAGGAAGUAGAUGCUGUUUCCAUUAGUCAUGAGAAGAAGAAGCCGGUAGUUAAGAUCAGGGUCAGACAAUCUGCUGCAACCAGCAGAGCAGAGACUGAUAAUCGAACUGUUGAAAGAUCACAGGGAGUUAAUCAUGAUAUUGACCGUGGCGCGACCAGUUCAGUCUCAGUUGAUGCACCACAAAGACAUUCAGUUGAGGCUGUAAGCAUUAGUAAUCAAAAUCUUGAGGAAGUAAAUUCAUGUCAUGAUCGUGGGUCCCGGAUGACUGCGAGCAUAGGCAGUGCAAAAAUUGCAAGUGAGGGAGAUAAUUUUGGAAAGGAACUCCAGUGCACUGCUGAUUCUGGCAAGAUAUCUGCACAUCCCCGGCUAGAUGAUCCAUCAUCACCUAGCAUUGUGCAGGAUAACAAUGUUGACACUGACGUACAAAAAUACACAAGUCUCAACACCCUGUCUGAAUGCGGACGCAGCCAUGAUGGUGGUUCCCUGUCAGUCUCUCUCUUUCCCAGUAAAGAGAAAGAGAGAAAAAAAGAUAAAGAAAAGAAAAGGAAGCGAGAGGGCCACCGCGAGGGUCAUAGAGAUGAUCCGGAGAAUUUGGGAGAGAAAGCGUCUGAAGAACGAGAAAAAACGAAAGGAGAAGAAAUGGCAAAGCUGCUUAGUGAAGAUGCAAAG